CCUCACAUUGAGACUGGGACCUCCAGAGGAAUCCACCUCCUUCCUGAUUCGAACCUCCCUUCCCCAAUGGUCAAUUGCUUCAUUCUCACGUAGACUGCAUUCAUCUCCAUCUAGUCCCUCCUUAGUACACAUAUCACUCCUGGUAGUGUGGCUGGAAUGGGACAGAUAUCAGCUUCAGACAGGGGGCCUGAUACUGCCCAAUUAGAUGCCUGAUUAGCAAUAUAUAGCAGUUCUGCCACAUGUCAGCCUGUCACACACAUUAAAUCCUGGCCACUAACUCUUGUGUUUCUCUCUCCACAGAUACAGCCACAUCUGCUUAUUACUUCUUUCAUUGUCAGUUUUUAUUUCAGAUUUUCAGCAUUGGCAUCUUCGCUAAUUUUAAGGAAGUUCAGGCUAGAGGACUGGCAUUAGUCGGGGUAUGCAGAUUUCCCGACUCACCAAUGAAUACAGAUGACCAAAUCAAAGAGUUGGUGAUGAGUGGGAGUUAUAAGGACAAAAUGUACGAUAAAUAUUUUCCAAAAGAAGUAAUCCAGGCAUAUGUGGAAAAAUAUACAUUGCCAGGCAGGGCCCGAUGUUGUGGAAAUUAAAUAAAAUCAAUGGUCCAUCUUUCUGGAGAAAUUGAAAUGCUUCAUACAUUUCUGAUAGUACUGGCAGUGCUGACUUCCAGAAUAUAUGCUCAGAAUGGAACCAGCCUUGUUGGUAGUGAUUCUGGUGGAAUCUUUCUACCAAGGGAACAAGGUGAUUUUGGAUCUCAUGAAACUGAGUCUCCAGACCCAACGGCUUCCUCAGAAAUUAAGACUACUUUAUCUGAUCUAGUUGCAAUGACUGAUUCUGGAUUUCAAGAGGACGAAACAAAUGUCCUAAUGACCAUAUCAGAUCCACAAGUUACUCACCUUCCAACUAAUGAAAACAAUGAUGCUGAAAUAACUGCUUAUAUGGAUUCAGAUAUUAAUGGUUUGUCUGGCAUCAAAGAAAACAACAUUCUUGAAGUACCAAUACAGGGAUUCAAAGAAAAUAACACAUUGAAUAAAUCUAGCGAAAUAGGGGCUCUAAGUCCAAAGAAUAAUCCUGGCAAAUGUUGUCUUUUGGGUGCAAAAGGAGAAAAGUUACAUCAAGGAGCUGAGAGAGAGUUUGGAAGCAGCCAGAACUCAUCUUCUGGAGAGACAGAAUAUUUCAAAAGAAACCAUGAAGAGGAGAAUAAUAUUGAACUUGCUGAUUCUUCUAAAGAAAUCCAUUCUCAAGAAGAAGAAAGGAGAAAGGUAUUUCGCAGAGAGAUUGAACCUUCUACGUUUUCUGAUCCAGAAGGAUCACAGGCAUCACAAGGCAGCUCAAGUACUGAAGGAAUAAUUGGAACUGAUCAACAGGAAGUGACUAAACUUUUGAGUUCUAAUGAUGAGAAAAAUGGAUGUGCUACAGCUCAGGCUUUUUCAGUUGGGCUAAUGGGACAAAUUGAACUUCCAUUGAUUGGAACGCCAGUUAAAUUUCAAAAUAUUUUCUUUAAUGAUCAGCAGCUGUAUAACGCUAGUUCAGGAAAAUUUAUUGCUGAGGUUGGUGGCAUCUACUCGUUUACAUACAAUGUAAUAGUUUCAGAAUGGAAACUGACAAUUGGCUUUUUUAUGAAUGAUGUCAACAUUCUUAACACUUCUAGCGUCCAGGUUAAUGGAAACAUUGGCUCAGCUUCUGCAUCUCUGAUUCUGAAUCUUUCAAAUGGGGAUGAAAUCUGGCUUGGACUUGUUAACAGUGGUGGCGGGAAGCAAAUGACACACCGUAGUAUGUCCACAUUUUCAGGAUUUCUACUAGCCAUUUGAUUACUUGUAUUAGCCCAGUUACUACUAUUCUUAAACUUUUUGUUGCAAUGUGUAGUGAGGUACUGGAUGAUUUUUAAAUUGGCUACUAUUUUGAACAUGUCAUAUUUCAUGUACUU